GGCGAGACGAUGAGGUCGAUGGGCGCGGCGCGGGUUUGUCUCCUCCGGCGCAAGAGAGGCUUUUGCCUCCUCCGGACGGCGGGAGCAAGUAUGAGGUCGCCCAGCUGUCCAAGGACGGCGUCUACUCCCUGCUGGUACAGGUGCUCAAUCGGGUCAACAGGAUGCAGCGCCUUCUGUGGAGGAGCGGUACUUGUUUCUCAAGACCAUUUUCGACGAUGAGCACCGGUGCGAAUCGUGCGAACUUAAUCGCUCGAGACGCCCGCGAAGAGGAGCGCACCGUGGUGGGCCUGGGCGAUUCGGCCGUCCUCCGUAAAGAACUUUGGCAGGGAAUUUGCGGUCGGGAAAAUGCGCGGAAGAACUUGCAGCGGCUCACGAGGGUAGCAGGCAGCGACAGGCGGCUUUCCGCAAAGGAAAAGCGACAGCUGCGCCGGAGCGGCCUGAGGCCGACGCGGAGUAGGACAGAUCCCACGGAACUUGCCUGGCGCAUGGAUCCAACCGUACGAGUCGAGCAGGAAGAGGCCGAUCGUGUUGCGUUCCCUCCCGACAACCCAAGGAAUGCGCUGUCAAAGGAAGCAAUCGAUCGUUUGCUGCCUCCAGACCAAGUCCAGAUGCAAGAAGGGGUGGGCAACGCAAUCGUCUACGAGCAGACCUUGCAGCCCGCCUUCAGCCGAGAUCGGUUGCAGCAACUUCAGGAAACGCAAAAAAAACAUUUGCUGAGGAUCCGCCCGCUUCUGUACGCGAAAGGGAGUCAGUACCUCGAGCGCGGUGGAGCGCCGCACUUGCGGCCGUGGUUCCAGCCGCGGCGUCGCUCUCGGGCGCGUAAAGUGUUUGACGCGGUGUCGUCGUGCUUGGGAGAAAGUAUGGCAGAGCCGGACUACGACGUAAUAAAUGGCGGUGUGUAUUACAGGUCCGGACUCAACAGAGAAAUCGACUUUGAGCCCGGGGAGGAGCACUUCCUGACGCAGGAGGAGCUCACGGAUCGCGUCCAGCCCGUACUGUAUGCGUUUCUCGAGGAAGUGAAGGCGUACUUGCUGUACGAGCUUGCGUCCCGGUCGCUGCCCUACCGGCUGGGCGGGCGGGAGCCGUGUAGCGGGUGCUGCGGUGAGUCAGAUCCUAGCGUUUCCGAACGGGUGCGCAAGGGUCACGAGUCGACACGCAGCUGUAGCAAUUCUGCAGGACUUCUUGCGCGCGCGGCGUGUCCGGGGCUUUGCUGCCCGAGUGUUGCGAGCUGCCCUGGCUUGAUGCCGGGCAUGGCUUGUGCUGCCUGUCCGACUGCAAUUAGUAACUGCAUCCUCGGCGAUGCCCUCAUUCCCAACUUGCAAAGGGCGUCACGACGUCGGAUCGAAGCGGUCGCGAGGCUGCGACUACCGCUAGAGUAUCAAAUGCAAAAAUGUCUGGGUCUGGAAGAUUGCCAGGUUUGUCAUGCAUAUUUCGAAUUACCGGUGAUGUCUGUGAUGCAUGCCCUAGCAUCACAGAUUUUUAGAAGACUUUGUGAUGCCUCUACCGCAUGAAAAAUGCCCUCUCCACGUAGCACAAAAUGGAGUCCUUUUGCUGGUCAUGCAAUACAAAUUUUUUUAGAAUCCAGAGACAGCAUUACAAGUUUAGAAUCUUCCAGACCCAGACAUUUUUACAUUUGAUAUAGAGUUCUAGACGACGACUGUACAGGCACCCGAGUGGAAUGGACUUUUCUCUAUUUCUUGAAGUAAAUGAGUUCGUUUUGACUUUCUGAUGAACUUGAAGUCGCUUUUUUGUCUUUCUAUUUUACAGUACUACCUGGGCUGCGGCUUGACGAUAAUUUUAUAGCACUGAUAACGGCACUCACUUUGUAGAAUUGAUCCUGGAAAGCUCGCUUGGUAGAAAAAGAAGGAACCUAUGCUGCAAGGAGUAUUUGAGCCGCUCCUGCAUUUGUUUGAGUUGUAUUCUAUUCUCGUCAGCGAACUGAUACGAGCCUCGACCUCCAAGAAGAACAUAAUCUGUAAGUGUAGUAUGCUGUCAAGCAUUGGAGGCCGAGAAGAGCGUAUCUACUAUGCAAGUCCGAUAAUGUUGUUGCCAUAAUGUUGUGGGUUUCUCAGCACCUUCAUAUUCAUGGGAAUAUGCUCGCAUUAAUACCGCCGGUAGCUGUUGGACCAAUUCCAAUACCAGCUGAAUGGAG